AUGACCGUUUUCCAAAGGAAUAUUUCCAUGCCUUCACACAUUGGACCAGUGUUGGGACGCAGUUUUUACAUUGACGAUAUUGACCGUGGCGCGAAAACAUGGGAUCAACUUUGUCAGGAUCUCGACACCCUGCAUUAUCGCUUACGUUACUGGAAUAUAUCAGUGAGUUUGCCGAAGAGCGAGUUUGGAAAGCGGUCGAUCCCCUAUCUGUCACACGAAAUUAGUGCAGAAGGUAUCCGAGCGACCCCAAAAGUUGCGCAGAGUGUUGUGGAUCUACCUUUUUCUAAAUCCCACAAAGGUGUACUAUCGUUUCUCGGAAGCCUAAACUACUACCACAAGUUCAUCGAGGACUUUCCGGUAGUGGCGUCAGUUCUUUAUGAACUCUCUCGGAAGACCAGAUACGUCAGGGACGAGAUCUCUCACGAGCUCAUGAAUCUUUCGAACUACUUAAACGAAAGAUCGCCGCGACGCCGAUGGCAAGAAUACGACGGAGUAUUACAACCUGUUCAGUAUGCAGGACGCGUUCUGAACGACUCCGAGGUCCGGUACUACAUUGCCGAGAAGGAAUCUACGUCGGCAGAUGGCAGGUGCGUUCCUUGGGGAGUCACGCUUUCAUAUUGGGAUAUCGAAAUCCAGAAAGUCCAAAAGGACGAAGAUGAACUUGCAGCCAUCAUGGGUGCUGGGAUCACACCACGAGAACAUUUGGAUGAUGCCGUCGAGACAUUGAUCCCUCUGAAGGGACAUCUUUGA